GAGAAGUUCCGAUGUGAGGCAGCCACUCCUGCUGUGUGGAAUGCGAUCUGGUCGAAGGACAUGACAAAAUGUCCAAAGGAGUUCGCGUCGGCCAUAGAAACGUUGCAGAGCCACUUGCUAGGUCAUCCGAGCUUGCAAUGGCCACCUCUUCGAUUCCCCGAGGACGCAGUGCCGCCGCUGGUUCCUCCCACCGCCCCUUCUGGACCCGUCGCAUCGCCCAAUUCUGGGGCUCCGGCCAUUCGAGUCACGGUAUCGCGUCCUGCAACAACAGUUGCAACACGACCGGCAGCCCCACCGUCUGCGCCGCUGGUUGGGACACGAGGUGCUCGCGAUGUGGGAGUUGGUCGUUCCACGCCAGCCAACGAGCCCCCGCCUCUGAGGGAUGGUGUGGGCUCUGCGGCAUUUGACGAGGAGAGCACUCGUGCAUUUAUUGAGAGUUGCAGCGGUGGCACCUGGCGCAUCACCCCGCAGUUUGUCGGAGCACCCCUGGCUGCCACCGCCACCGUCGAGAGCGGCGCAGCGUCCAAUGGUCCACCACGCUCACGGAACCGCCCACCCGGAUCCGUCACACGCCGAGAUGCUCGAUAUUCUGCUUCCGUGCCUCGUUUCGGGGAACAGGUGGAUCAUGGGGUGCCUGCCGAGGAGGUCCCCGCUCCGGUGUCCGAUUCAUCGCCGACCCUUGUUCCGACAACCACGGGCGGUGGUCGGUCUGCCCCACAGCCUCCACCCGUGUUGACCGGAACGUUAGACCCUUUGCAGCGCAUUCGUGACCUUGCAGUCGCCCAGAGCACGACACCUGUGAGCCCUGGCGGGUUGUUGGAUGCUGGGGUCCUCGGUGGGAGAGCUACGACGGGACGAUGUCGGGGCACUUACAGGCAGCAAGCUGUCACGUCAUAUUAUUUGGACCCUUUGAAGCGCGCAUGGCAUCUGCAAAUCAUGCGGUUCAUCGUCGAGAGCGGGAUGCCGUUCAACAGCACGAAGCUUGAAAGCUUCAAACGCAUGUUCACGAUGAUAAUCCCGCCGGGGGUUCCAGGGGCGCCCGCGCCUAGACUUCCCUCGUACCACAUGCUGCGCACGACCCUUUUGGACGAGCUGGAUGGUGAGGUCCAGAAGUGUGUUCGGCCGGUGCUUGACACGUCGAGAGAGACCGGUUGCACAAUCAUGACCGAUGGUUGGACCAACAUCCGUGGUCAGACGUUGUGCAACUACCUUGUUGGUACAGAGAUCGGGGUGGUGUAUGUUUCCACCGACGUCAUGCGUGGCAAAAAGGACGUCAGUGCCCUCGCGAACGCAUGGUUGAAAAUGGUGAAGUCCAUGGACGUUCAAUUGAGCGACAUCACGGCGUUCGUGACGGACUCCGCCGGGGCGAACGUCGAGGCGAUGGAGGUAUUCCAAAAAGAUGAGAGCGUGAAACACAUCUUCUGGAUUCCUUGCGUCAUCCACAUCAUGGAUCUCAUUCUCGAGGACAUCAGCGAGAUUGAUUGGGUUGCUUCCCGAAUUUCUCAAGCGAGGCUGGUUACAAGCAAGAUCCGCAAGGAUGCAGCGGAGGUCACUGCAUGUAUCGGCUCCCCUCCAUGGUGGGAGGAUUUACGAGCUCUGUGCAAGAUGCUAGAGCCCAUCAUGGGCAUGCUGAAGUUGGUGGACAGCGACACAUGCCAGAUCAGCAAGAUUCUGCGACGUUACGAGGAAAUGAUUGCAUCUUGUUUAUCCGCAUGUCGUGACAUUGAUCGGGAGCAGCAGGACACUAUUGUGGAGGUGUUCCACAGGCGGCGCACCAUGUUCAAGACCCCCGCCCACACGGCAACCAUGCUGCUAGAUCCAGAGUUCCGGGAUGCGACGCUUUGUGACGAUGCGGAGGUGCAGCAGGCCUUGGUCGAGGCCGUUGUCCAGUGCGGCUACCCGGAGGAUUCGCCGCAGCACCGGGAGGUCCAACGAGCGGUCGCCAAACUCCACACGAGCGAGCCCCCUUUCGAUGAGCUCACCAUGCGGCGAGCUGCGGAUAUCUUUGAUCACCCUGCCAGUUUUUGGUUCUCAAAGAAGGCGAAGUUCCCUCACACGGACGUGUUUGCAGGCAAGAUCCUUCGUAUAUGGGCGACCGCCUCACCGUGCGAGAGAGCGUGGUCUCGUUGGAGCUUCAUUCAUUCGAAGUCUCGCAACAGGUUGGAGGUUCCUCGGGCUGAGAAGCUUAUGUGGUGCCACUAGAACCUCAGGCUACUCGAUCGACCUUCGUUGUGCGACGAUGGUGUUGGAGAGAGGCCCGGCGUCUCCGGGAAAUGGGUGCAUUAUUGGCAGGCCAUGGAGGACGAGGCAGCCGUGGACCAGCAGCUUGUCAGAGGAACCAAUGUUCUGGGGAAGGUGACCGAGGAGGAGUUGAGCCUCGCCAGAGAGAGGAUGCGCGCCAUUUCCCGCAUGGGAGCCGAGCGUCGGGUGGCGGAGUCGGACAGGAGGCGACGCAGGGCUAGUGGUCGGGGACGUGGCGGCCGUGGACGAGCAGGUGUUGGAGGACGUACACGUGGCGAUGCGGGUUCCGCUCCUCGGACUCGGCGACAGCGGACGGAUGGUGGCAUUCGCAGGGCCCGCAUGCGUUGGGACGAGGGUGACUUCUUGUUUGACAGCACAUCCAGCGACGACGAUGAUUUCUUUGCGUCGGGAACACAUGCAUCCACGGGUGAUGAUAAAGGUGACGCUGACGA